GAUCAAAUAACGGGUAUCAAUCUUUCUCCUCAUCUCUCUACGCUCGAUUUUUAUCAUUUCAUCCAUCGUUUUUUGUUUGUUUGUUCAAUUAGCUUUGAGUGCUGAAUACGAAAGUCGAUGGAAGAUCAAAUGUCUUUUAACAGCCCUCGAAGGACGCUAAGCUAUUCUAGAAACAGGGGAGCAACUUUCUCUGUUUUUGAAGCAGAUAACAAAGCUUCAAGUGUCGGUGUGUCUGGAGAGCAUGGUCCUAACCCUUCUGAAGUUUAUGGGUUCGUAGGAGCCAUUUCAACCGUUGUUGCCACUGUUAUUUUCAUGGUAUGGGCGUACGUUCCUGAUCCGUGGUUACAUUCUAUUGGGAUCUUCUACUAUCCUAGCAAGUACUGGGCUUUGGCACUUCCAACUUACGCGAUGGUGACGAUUGUAACCAUGUUCUUAUUCUACAUUGGUCUCAACUUUAUGUCAACUCCACCUCCAACAUCUUUAAACUCUAUAUAUGACGAAAACAGCAAAGAUCCAGUGUGCUUUGAUCCUGCGUUAGUGGAAGAUGAUCGACCCAUCGAACCUUAUUCUGAUAUCGGAAUUGACCAGAUCAAUGAACUCAUGUUUAAAGAAUGGAAAUAGUAGUUACCGGUCAAAUAUAUGAUUGUUGUUGGAUGUAUUUAGAUGCGUUCGUGGCAUAUUUUCUAGCAUAUGAUCAUCAUGUGAUGCUAAUUAGGUUUUAGAAAUUUUGUAGAUUGAUCUUGUUAUAGUUUUUGGAUUAUCCUGCACAGUGUGUUCAUAUUAUUCUUGAUUGGAAAACUAAUAUUUUCUGUUUAUAGAGUUA